CCUGCAAAGAAUACCGCCAGAUUUGAUUUCUGAAAUGGACGAAACACGAAUAUUGUACGGUGACUGAUCUAUCUGAUUCUAUAGAAAAUCAGUCAACUGGUGCAAUGGACGCUAGACGACUAAGAUCAAUUAUUUGUAGCUGCAAAAGCAACGACAUCAAGCCGCUGCUAACCCAAUGGGGGCGUCAGAUUCAAUGUCAGAAUGUCGUAUCGGUUAACUAUUCGGAUUCAAAAAAGUCCAUUGCCCAAGCUCUAUCAUCAAUAUGUCAGUCAAGAAAACAUUUCAAAACUGAAGUUGAUGAAUUGGAUCUUAAGUGUACACAGAUGUAUCCAAAGAAGCGACUAUGGAAAGUUUUCCACCUUAAAGAUAAGUCAGAUCUAGAUAACACAACAAAUAAAUGGUUGGAUCUUUGCAAUCCUCAGAAAUUUAAGAAGAAGUUUAAAAGCCAGUCAGAAUUAUACUUUGACAAUGUAACAUCUGUAUGUGUGGGGGUCCAUCAAGGAGCUUUGUGGACUAGACUCUAUGCCACCAACACAGUUAACAGGCAGCAGGACCAGAGUUAUCUCCCCAGCAACACUGUUUACAUUGUUUACUUCCCAAAGACGGAGUAUGUCAUUAUGAGUCGGUACAAGUUAUCAACAGAGGAGUACCUACAUCAGGCUAUAUUGACAACCCUAGGGGCGACUGAAAUGACGAACAUGCAGCUGUGCGGCCAUGACCUUUACUCCCUAAUACACCUGGCCAUGAACAGGAAGUGUCAGGGAUCUUUCAGCAAGUUUAACUCUAAACAAGAUCAGCGACAACCAUUUGCUGGAUUUGAGCCCAAGAAAAGAAAAGCAAUAGAGAUUGAAAAAGAUGACAAAAUUUUCUGUGAAGAUGAAGAAACAAUGAAGAAGAGAGCAAAGAUCCUGGAGAAGAGUUUUGGACAGGAGGAACAACCAUGUCUGGAGAAGGUGGAAUAUAGGGUGAAGACAAAAUUCCGCGGCACAGACUAUGUGCCUAGUAUGGCAAGAAGACAAGAGGCAUUUAAGUGCACAGUGAAGUUUGAAGGUUCCAGUGUACUAGAAGGGAUCAGGAACUUAGGGGCUACAGGACUAGCCAGUGUCCCUCUCCCUGGACAUCUGGCCAAUGUUCACUCCCUCGCCAAAAAUCACUUUGUAAUACAGGAUCAGGAAACGACUCCAAAAAAACGCAGGAAAUAAAUAAUGGCUGCUCCAAAUGAGCAAGGAUUUACAUUUUAUUUUGACUUAAUGGUGGACUAGGGCUAAAUCUGUGAGUGUAUGGUGGACCAGGACUGAAUCUGUGAGUGUAUGGUGGACCAGGACUGAAUCUGUGAGUUUAUGGUGGACCAGGACUGAAUCUGUGAGUGUAUGGUGGACCAGGACUGAAUAUGUGAGUGUAUGGUGGACCAGGACUGAAUCUGUGAGUGUACGGUGGACCAUGACUGAAUCUGUGAGUGUAUGGUGGACCAUGACUGAAUAUGUCAGUGUACGGUGGACCAUGACUGAAUCUGUGAGUAUACGGUGGACCAUGACUGAAUAUGUGGGUGUAUGGUGGAC